GCUGGAAGGGGGUUAGCACCGCUUAGCCGACAGACAAGGCUACUCGGUCAGGCAGUUUCUCACCCAAUCCCGCCCUGGAAAACCCCUCACAGAGCUGACUAUGCGGCUCUGCGCUUGCUGUACUGCCAGCACGCACUUUCGCAACGCAACUCGACCAACUUCUCUUCCCAAAGAAAAGAAAUACGCGAGUAUCACCACCACCACCACCCGUCAAAACAACAGUCUCCUUGUCCGUGGCAAACGCUUUGAUCAGGAUGCUUCGCGAUCGUCGCUCUGAUAAAUAAUGAAUUCGGCACCAUGGAGACCAUGAUCACUCAAGCCCGGGCCGAGCUGGUGAUGCCCAGAAGGGCCAGGGAGAGCCCUGAGCGGAGGCGAGAAAAGAAGGUGACCUACCGCAACUACAACAACAACAACAAUGCCGCAUUCACUGCUCGAAAUGUCUCAUCGUACCCCUUGGCUCCUGAGGAAUCUUUUCCACGACAGAAUAAUCAGCUCCAUCUUCAGACUCCCAACGCACAGCUUCAAAUCAACGAUCUGAUGGGUGAGUAUUUCGAGGUAGACCGCCCCUCAACAAGAAAUCAGAACCUCAGCCCUAUCCUCCAUCAAAACUUCCCAGACGAUAGCUCCUGGUUCUCCCUCUCGCCUACUUAUACGUUAGCAUCGAACCAGCCGAGUUCUCCUCAGACCGCUGCGGGUCACGAUGGCUACUCUCCACGCAGCGAGGUGCUGCAAAUGUCCAACAAUGGUCAAUCCCUAUCCUGGAACGCAGCAACCCCUGGGACAGGCCAGGGAGCUUCCGAGAUGGAAGAGAUGUCUUUCUCCGACAUGCAAUUAGGAAGCAGUCUCGGGAGCUUCAACAGUAUGGUCUUCUCUGCACGAGGUUCCGCGACAUCAUCGCUCUCAGAUGGUUGGAACUUCCCAAUCCUGGACUCGACCAUUGAGUCUUCCAUGACCACUAAUCAACUACGGGACCUUACACUUCCGGAUGAAUACUUCCAAACAGGACCUAUAUUUGAUGUUGCAAAUCAGACACAAAUGAAUCCUGUGUCGUCCCUAUUCCCUCAAGGUAUCUCUUUUGACAACCCAAACUGGUGCGAUCAAGUCUAUCCCACAGAAGGCUUUCAACCAUAUGAUUCAAAUCUCAUUACGCAGCAAGAGGUCCAGAGUCCCCAUACACUACCUGGCGAGUCUUUCGUACCAAACGACCCAUGGGAUUCACAGAAUGUGAGCAAUUACCAGUUACAGGCUGAUCCAGGCAUGGUUGCCUUCGAAAUGCCCCGUGGUGAUCCGUACAAAACUCAUAUAGCGAGACAAGAACUCCUGGACACUGGCCAGAGAAGCACUAGGUUCUUCAGUCCCCCGCAACCAACCAGUCCGGGCGACAGUGACAGUGAUGGCUGGCGUCUGGUUUCCUAUCCGGGUAGUAGUUGUGCUGCAUCGCAAGAUUCUCCAGAAGCCGCAGUUUCACCACCAGCACAGCCACCCUCUCCUCCUCAGACUCAAGUGGUCAUCUCACGGCCUAGUCCUCCACUUCCAAAAGUCGAACCUCAGUCACCACCUCGACUUGACCAUGAGCGGCCACACUCCCAUAUUUUCAGUACCAUAUCCGGUAUUUCGAAACAGAAACUUCCUCGGGGUCGUCAACGAGGGCUCACGGCCAAAGAGAAGAAGGAAGCUCGGGAUGUGCGAGAAGCUAAAGCGUGCUGGGCUUGCCAUAUAUCGAAGACCAAAUGUUCCCCUUGCUCUCCGGGCAAACCAUGCGAACAAUGUGCAAGACUCGCUGGCAAGAGAAGAUUUUGUCUUUUCUCUUGCUUCAAUGAUCCACUGGAGACGUUGUUUACAUUUUUAGUCCCCGAUUACCUCAUGGGACAUUUCACCGAAGCAAAUGUGGCACAAUUUGUUGCUAAGAAUGCAUCAAGCUGGGGUACUCAAUAUUUCCAUAUUCGAAUGGAUUGGGGAUAUCGUAGGUAUUUGACAGCAGAAGUCGUUGCACUUGCUCUACGCAAUAAUUCAGAGAUGGGAUAUCAACAUCAAACUCUAGAGCAGGAGGGCACACGACCAGCACUUGUCCGAAAGCAGAGCCCACCACUCGGAAUCCCUCUCGCUGCAAUGGACGACAUGCAAGACAUGUAUUCGCGAUACAUCCAGGACAUUGUACAAAACGAUCUUCCCGAAUAUGUGCCUGUGGCAUACCCUGACCAAGAGACCGAUUUUGCAGAACGUCUUCUUGGCGUCAUUGGCAACUUCUAUAGUGCUGGCCACCAGAUGGAUAAUGAGUCGGAACUUCUCCGUCGCGCACUUGAAAUGCACGUCACCGCGGUGAUCCUCGAAAGAAGUCUUAUUCUCGAUUCGAGCUCCCUACACCAGGUCGAACAGUAUCUGCAACAACAAUAUCCAGAACGAUCAGCUCCCCGAUGCGCACAACGGCAGAUCAAACUCGCUUUCUUUCUACUCCAACAACGACGAAUCAUGAGAGUUCUGAAAGACUGGGGGAGCAUGAUGUGGGCUACAAACUCAAGCAUAAGCAAGGACAAAGAGUGGGCACUCGCCUUCAGCGUCUUCGUCACUUUGAUCCUCGUCAUGGAUAAGACACUUGGUGCUGCAUACUACUUCUGCGAAGGAAGGAUUCGACACCACGGCCACCAAGCCGGACCCGAGCGAGCCGAGUUCGAGAAUCUGGUUAGAUUGACUCAGAAAGAGCUGUUCGAGAGAUGCAAAGAGAUAUUCCAUUGGAAAUUCAAGACCCGAAAGGGUGGAAAGGAGGCGUGCAACCCAAUUCGAGAUGGGGCCGAGGCUUUCCACGGCAAGUCUAAAUCGGUCGAUCCUGAGGUGAUGCAGUUCGUCCGAGAUUUGCAGAAUGUGGUUGGUGAGUUUGAAUUGGACGUACGAUCCCAUCGAUCCUCGAGGUCAGACACGGAGUCGGAAUACACAGAUGCAGGACGGCUGGCGUGUAUAUUCUUGGAUGAUUUCCUCAGUCGAUAAGGCUUGCGGGUAGACGAGAGGUGAUGAAGAUACGACGACAUGAAUGAUGAGUUAUGACCGAUGUAAAAGAGGGGAGCACCGGGAGCAUCAACCCUCGGAUUCCCCGCGACGAAUCUCUUCUUCUGUAUUUGGCAACGCAAUGUGUACCACUGGACGACACUGGUCGUAUCAGACUGUGUACGUUAAGGGCAUAAAUAAAAGAAAAGAAGGAAAGGAUUGGGCUAGGAAGUAGAGGGUCGAAGUGAGCCCAAUAAUGAAUGAUCCAGCCAGCAUCCGACUUUUUACUUUGGCACGGCAUUGUUGACAUGACUGUCCAUCCAUGACGCACCCUGUAUCACACACACACUCGUGGCAGUAGUUUGGCAUAUCGGAAGGGGACCAUUCAGCGGGCCUGUUUCGAAAUGUUUGGAUAUGAGGAAGGAGCCGUGGCGCAUCCGGCAGCGCCUUCCCUGCACGUAAGUAGUGCGCUGUAUGUAUGUCUGUCUGUCUGUAUG